AUGGGAGAAAUGUAUGAUUUCGCAAAGAACUUAGCACAUGACCAUGCUCAGGUGAUACCAAUCUCACUUUUUGUGGCGGUUCUCUGUGUUUGCUUGGUCGUCGGACACUUGUUCGAGGAAAACCGAUGGGUUAAUGAAUCCAUCACCGCCAUUUUCAUCGGAUUUCUAACCGGAACCAUAAUCUUGCUGGUGAGCAAGGGGGAAAGUUCUCGCAUUCUGACAUUUAGUGAAGAGUUGUUCUUUAUUUAUCUCCUGCCGCCUAUUAUAUUUAAUGCAGGGUUUCAGGUCAAGAAGAAACAGUUCUUUCAAAAUUUCUUAACCAUCAUGUUGUUUGGGGUGAUUGGCGUUUUCAUUUCGACGUUAGUCAUAACAGCUGGUGCCUGGUUCCUAUUUCCUAAGUUGGGUUUCCUUGGCCUGAGUGCACGAGACUAUCUCGUUGUAGGAACAAUAUUUUCAUCAACUGAUACAGUCUGUACGCUGCAGGUUCUACAUCAAGACGAAACACCUUUACUGUACAGCUUAGUCUUUGGGGAAGGAGUGGUGAAUGAUGCAACAUCAGUUGUUCUAUUCAAUGCAGUUCAGAAGAUUAAUGUUAAUAAACUCAAUAGCAAGAUUGGACUGCGUGUCAUUGGAGAUUUCCUUUACCUGUUCUCAACAAGCACUGCGCUUGGAGUUGCAUUCGGACUUAUGACAGCAUAUUCACUUAAAACCUUAAGCUUUGGAAGGCAUUCAAGCAUUCGGGAGAUUUCUUUAGUGGUUCUGAUGGCAUAUCUGUCUUACAUGGUGGCUGAGCUUUUAGACCUGAGUGGAAUUCUCACAGUUUUCUUUUGUGGGAUUGUCAUGUCACACUAUGCCUGGCAUAAUAUCACUGAAAGUUCAAGAAUCACAACCAGGCAUGUGUUCGCGAUGAUGUCGUUUAUUGCAGAAACAUUCAUAUUUCUGUAUGUUGGAAUGGAUGCUCUUGACAUUGAGAAGUGGAGGUUAACUAAGUUGAGUUUUGGGGCUUCAAUGGGCAUCUAUAGUACGACACUUUUACUAAUAUUGCUUGGACGUGCUGCAUUUGUAUUCCCUCUCGCUGCUUUCUCCAAUUACAUGAAUAGACGAGCCUCAAGAAGAAGUUCACUCGCACUCAAACACCAAGUAAUCAUAUGGUGGGCUGGGCUAAUAAGAGGAGCUGUGUCCAUUGCUUUGGCUUUCAAACAGUUCACAAGGUCUGGUGUCACAUUGGAUCCAACGAAUGCCAUGAUGAUAACAAAUACAAUAAUAGUCGUCCUCUUCAGUACUGUGGUCUUUGGCUUUCUGACAAAGCCUCUUAUAAAUUAUCUGCUUCCCCAUGCUGGAGCAAUCCCCAUCAGUCGCAAAGAGUCAAAGGACGUCGGGGAGGAUAUGAAUCUGCCCUUGCUCUCAUUCGAUGAAUCAGCUGCUACCAAUAUAAGUCGCGCAAAGGAUAACUUGUCUAUGUUGAUGGAGAGGCCUGUGUACACAAUACAUUCCUACUGGAGAAGGUUCGAUGACGCCUAUAUGAGACCUCUAUUUGGCGGGCCAGUAAGUGACCAGUCUACAUGUUAG